CUUUUUAUUCCCCACCCCACACCCUUCUCGCUCCAAAAACAAACCCCAAAAAGAGAGCGAGAGAGCCAACAUGAAAGCCCUCCUCAUUUCCAUCUUCUUCUUCUCCCUCCUCAAUUUUCCCUCCGCUUCUUCAUUGUCCGAACUCGACGUACUAAUCAAGCUCAAAUCAUCUCUGCUGGGCCCCACAAACAAAUCAGCCCUCUCCGACUGGAAUCCCACCUUACCCUCCCCAUGCUCCUUCACCGGCGUCACGUGCGACUCCGAUUCUCACGUGAUAGCCCUAAACAUAUCGUUUAUCCCACUCUUCGUCAACUUCCCCACAGAAAUCUCCCUCCUUCCCAACCUAAUCAACCUCACCCUCUCCUGUGACAAUCUCACAGGCUCCUUGCCAUCUGACCUCUCCAACCUUACUUCCCUCAGAGUCUUCAACAUCUCCAACAACAACUUCUCUGGCAUUUUCCCUUCCAACCUCCCUCAAGCCCUUGAGAUCUUGGACGCCUACAACAACAACUUCUCCGGCCCCCUACCCGUUGUUGGUAUAGUUCACCUCAAGAAAGUCCGUCACCUCCACUUGGGCGGAAACUUCUUCUACGGUCAGAUCCCCGCUUCUUACUCAGACCUACAGACGCUCGAAUAUCUCGGCCUCAACGGAAACGCUCUCUCCGGACGGGUUCCGCCCACCCUCAGCCGCCUCUCCAAUCUCCGUGAGCUCUACAUCGGCUACUUCAACUCCUACGAAGGGGGCAUCCCACCCGAGUUUGGAACGCUCACUUCAUUGCAUUUGUUAGAUAUGAGCAGCUGCAAUCUCUCCGGCCCCAUCCCGCCUAGCCUAGCUAACUUGAAGAAGCUCCAUACGCUUUUUCUGCAGAUAAACCGGCUGGUGGGUCAGAUCCCAGAGGAGCUGUCCGGGCUGGUGAGCCUGAAAUCUCUCGACCUUUCCAUCAAUGAGCUGACGGGGGAGAUCCCUGAGAGCUUCGCCGAGCUCCAGCAGCUCAAGCUCUUAAACCUUUUCCGCAACCAUCUCUACGGUCGCGUGCCACCGUGGAUCGCCGAGCUUCCCAAUCUCGAGGUUCUGCAGAUCUGGGAGAACAACUUCACGUUAGAGCUACCGGAGCGACUCGGCCGGAACGGGAAGCUGACCCAGCUCGACGUCGCGUCGAACCGGCUCACCGGUACGAUUCCUCGCGACCUGUGUUUCGGUGGAGUGUUGAAGAAGCUGAUGUUGAUGGAUAACUCUUUCUUCGGGCAGAUUCCAGAAGAACUCGGCCGCUGCAAAUCGCUCACCCGAGUCAGGCUCGCCAAGAACUUCUUCAACGGAACCAUCCCCGCCGGCUUCUUCAACCUCCCUCAGGCUGACAUGGUCGAGCUUGGCGACAACUACUUCUCUGGGGAGCUUCCAGCGGAGAUGUCCGGCGAGAUGCUUGGCAUGCUGACGUUGUCGAACAAUAGAAUGACUGGAAGAAUCCCAUCGUCGAUCCGUAAUCUCCGUGGGCUCCAGACGCUAUCACUGGAACUCAACCACUUCUCCGGCGAAAUCCCGCCAGAAAUGGGAGAUUUCAAGAAUCUGGAGAAGCUGAAUCUGAGCGGAAACGAGCUAACUGGGCGAAUUCCAUCUGAACUCGCUCGAUGCACGUCGCUGACAGCCAUUGAUUUUAGUCGAAACAAUCUCAGCGGAGAAAUUCCGGAGGAAAUUAUGAAUCUAGUAAUCCUCAACACCUUGAACCUAUCCCGAAACGGAUUGACAGGCAGGAUUCCAGCUGAAAUGCAGCGGAUGCGGAGCUUAACGUCUCUUGACUUUUCUUACAACCAUCUUUCCGGCGUCAUCCCGGUUGGCGGUCAGUUUCUAGUAUUCAAUGACAGUUCAUUCGUCGGAAAUCCCAGUCUCUGCGGCCGGCCCCACUUCUCGCUGUGCACCUCACCAUCCAAGGACUCCAAGAAGUUGUCCCCGCCGCUCAAUUCGUCUAAGAUAUUCCUCGUGAUAGGAAUGCUCGUGUUGGCUCUUAUAGCGGCAACGACAGCGGCGAUCGUGAAGAUGAGGAGUUCAUGGAAGGAGCUCCGCAAGUCAAAGGCUUGGAAGCUGACUGCAUUCCAGCGGCUGCAAUUCACUGCUGAAGAUGUAGUCGAAUGCUUGAAAGACGACAACAUCAUCGGCAAAGGCGGGGCGGGGACGGUGUACAGGGGUUCGAUGGCGGGGGAGGUGUAUGUGGCGAUAAAGAAGCUGGUGGGCCGGAGCGGAAGGGAUGAUCGAGGGUUCUCAGCCGAGAUACAGACUCUAGGGAAGAUCAGGCACCGGAACAUCGUGAGAUUGCUGGGAUUCGUGUCGAACAAGGACACGAAUCUGCUCUUGUAUGAGUAUAUGCCGAACGGGAGCUUAGGGGAGCUGUUGCACGGGAGCAAAGGCGCGCAUUUGCAGUGGGAAACGCGGUAUAGGAUCGCGCUUGAAGCGGCCUUAGGGCUGUGUUAUCUGCACCACGACUGCUCGCCGCUGAUAAUACACCGAGACGUUAAGUCGAACAAUAUACUGCUGGAUUCGGAUUUUGAAGCGCAUGUGGCGGAUUUCGGACUCGCCAAGUUCUUGCAGGAUGCGGGUGCGUCCGAGUGCAUGUCUUCCAUCGCCGGAUCCUACGGCUACAUAGCACCAGAGUAUGCAUACACUCUACGGGUGGACGAGAAAAGCGACGUGUACAGCUUUGGAGUGGUUCUGCUGGAAUUGAUAACAGGGCGAAAGCCAGUGGGGGGUGAGUUCGGGGAUGGAGUGGACAUAGUGAGGUGGGUCCAAAAGACGACAUCCGAAAUAUCAGAUGGAUCGAACAAGGAUGCAGCAUCAGCGGCAGUGCUAGCAGUGGUGGACCCAAGGCUUACAGGUUACCCACUCUGUGGGGUGACCAACCUGUUCAAGGUAGCCAUGCUAUGCGUGGAAGAGAAGAGUGCUUCCAGACCCACCAUGAGGGAGGUGGUUCACAUGCUGGCUAACCCUCCAUCACCUCCACCUGCUCUCCUCUCCCUUUGA